GAUGAUUGGUCGCAAAUCUGCUGCGCUAUAAGAAAUCUUGUCAAUCUUUCAUCUUUGUGCAACUUUUACGAGUAGAACGUUCAAGCGGUUUAUAUAGAAUGAAUUUUUCUUUUCCGCAUAUUAUUGUGUAAAUCCUUAAACAUCUCGGACAUCCUUCCGUCAUGGCAGGACGACCAGCCAUUCUUCCGUCUUUACUUGCACGUCAGCUAGCCGAUUUGUCCUUAUCAGACGAUGAAACUGAGUUACCUCUAGUCAAGGAUGAGGUAAUAUACCCCACCACAGCAGAAAUUUUUGCAGAAAAGAGGCCUAAAAUCCUGCCAAACAUAGUGGACGGACCAUAUCCCUCAUUAGAGAAAUAUUUAAAAAUACAGUAUGAUCUACUACGUGAAGAUUUCAUCGGUCCUUUAAGGUCUGACUUGACCAACUUCGAAAAAUAUGGAAAUAAGAAUGCCUUACAAAAUAUAAAGUUUCAUAAAGUCGUAUUCUUACGCAAAGGGGCUAAACAUGAGAAAAGUUGUUACUACGCACAUAUUGUAUCCCAAUUGGAUCAAAACUUGAGAGCGACAGGUGGCUCGAAAAGGUUGAUUCCAGGAUCAUUUGUGCUUUUUUACUAUGAAAAUCUGAGGGACGUGGUAUGUGGAAAAAUCGAAGAUAGUGAAAAUAUAUUCAAAUAUAAAAGAUUUCUUGUAAGCUUGCAUCCUGAUACAGUUAUGGAUUUUGAUAAAACGUAUACAAUGAUUGAGUAUACUGUGUUUUUCGAGCCGUAUCACUGUGCUUUGAAAGUACUAAAAGGGAUGUCUCGCGACACAUUUCCUAUGGAAAGGUACGUUGUGGAGUUGAAUUUAUCGGUGAAUCGUCCUAGCUAUCGCAAAAGAAUAUCUACAUCAACGUCAGAUCUGUCAACGUUCAAUAAAUCUCAAAGCGAUGCUUUUCUAAACGCAUUGAAUAAAGAAUUUGUGCUGAUACAGGGACCUCCAGGUACAGGAAAGACAUUCCUAGGUCUGGAAAUAGUUAAAAAUCUUCUUAAAACGACGUCAGAAUACCCACUUUUGGUGGUUACUUACAAAAACCAUGCCCUCGAUCAGUUUUUGGAAGGAUUACUUGAUGACACGAAAGAUAUUAUCAGAUUUGGAGCACAAUCAAAAAAUCCAAAGGUAUCAAAAUUAACUGCAAAACAUCAGCGGAAUGAACAAAACGACGAAUUUAGAAAUAGAACAAUCGAUAGUUGUUAUGGAAAAUACGCCGACGCCGAGACCCGAUUAAAACAAAUAGGAUCGCAUCUUGAGAUCAUCAAUACUGGAGAGGUAGUCAUACAGAUUUCUAUAUUGCCUUUGCCCGUGUCUUUGGGGGCAAACUGGAAUCAACUAAAAAACUACACAACCAAUAUCGAAUGGCUACUAUUCAAGACAAAAGACGGAGGUGACCUACAACGUGAAACGCUGUCACUUAUACAUCCCAUCAUGAAAAAUAAGACGAUUUUGUUGUUCAUGUCGACGAUCAGAACUCUACAACGAGAAAUAAACGACGCUAUAAACGAUGUAGAAGUCAACCCUACAUCUAUACGAACUCGUACAAAACUGGGCGAGUUUUCCGACGAAAAAUUGGAAAAAUUGAAAACAUUUGUUGACAACAUCGAUACGGGAAAACUAAAGGGUUAUAUGUCAACCUUACCUCCGUUGCACAUUAAUCAACUGACAGCAGAUGAAUAUGAGGAUCCAUUUAAAAUGCCUCUUCCUAAACGGUGGCAAAUUUACAAAACUUUUCUGAAAGGACAUGUCGAUAAACUUCAUGUAAAAAUUGAUAGUGCCAUCGCUGACUACAAGAAAGCGUAUAUGAGGUUCGACUCAGUCAGUUCGCCAGACAAUAUAAGACUUAUGAAAAAAAUGAAAGUCAUAGGAAUGACUACAACCUGCGCAGCCAGAAUGCGCGAUAGUUUGGAGAGCGUGAAAUUCCCCAUUGUCGUGAUUGAAGAGGCAGCAGAGGUGUUAGAAUCACACGUUAUUUCAGCUGUGACAAAGGACUGUAAGCACUUGAUUUUGAUCGGCGAUCACAAACAGCUCCGUCCCGCGGUCGCCGAUUUCGAAGUCGAGACGAAAUAUCGACUUGGUGUCAGUCUUUUCGAACGUAUGGUAGCCAAUGGCGUGGAAUGUCAUACUUUGGACGUCCAGCAUCGUAUGAGGCCCGAAAUAUCAAGCCUGAUCGUACCUUACAUCUACCCCACUCUAAAAGACCACGAAUCUGUCAAAAAGUAUCCGGACGUCAGGGGAGUUGCAGGAAACAUGUUUUUCUUGCACCAUGAACAACCAGAAUCAAACUCUGGCGAAUGUAGCAAGGAAAAUAAGCACGAAGCAGAUUUUCUUCUCAAGUUCGCCGAGUAUUUAUUACAAAACGGUUAUAAACCAGAGGAAAUAACCAUUUUGUCGGCUUACUUGGGUCAAGUAACCACACUGCACAGAAAAAGACGUUCCUGUUCCCACCCUGGCAUGCAACAGAUUCCUAUAAAGUCUGUUGAUGAUUACCAGGGAGAAGAAAACAAAAUUAUUUUACUCUCCCUGGUAAGAAAUAACGAAGAAUCGAAAAUAGGUUUUUUGUCGAACGAGAAAAGGGUAUGUGUGGCCCUCUCAAGAGCCAGAGAAGGGCUUUACAUUAUGGGAAAUAUUAAACACCUAACUUCAAGGAGUAGAUUAUGGAAAGACAUAGAGCAUACCUUAAUAUCCCAAAAUGACGUCGGACCAAAAAUAAGUUUGAAAUGCCAACUACACAAUCGUAUCACUCAUGUGGACUCUUGCAAGGAUUUCGACCAUCUUGAACAAGGAGGUUGCAGAAGAAAAUGCAUGAAAGAGCUCGAUUGUGGACACGUUUGUCCUCAACAAUGUCAUGGUCGAGAUAUAGGACACAUCGCGGAAUAUUUUUGUCGUGAAAAGUGUGAAAGAUAUCCUUGUCGUGCCCAUCCUAAAGUGAGAUGUACCUCGCUGUGUAGUAUGGAAUGUGCACGCUGCGAAGCUAGUAUAGAUCACAAAUUGACAUGUGGACACCUUGCUAAAUGCUAUAUGUUUACAUUAGAUGAGGAUCGCAUCGGAUCGUUGAAGGACGACAGUCAUUGCGAGGAAGUUGUGGAUAUGAAACUCAAUUGCAAUCACAAUAAAAUAUUGAAGUGUUACCUAAAAUUUGAUUCGCUGGAGAAAAAAUGUCAUGAAUGUACAAAUAAAACAAAAAAACAUGUUCGUUUCACAAAAAAUACCCGUCUAUAGUUUCAUAAGUAGUGAUUGAGUUUUCAAAGAAUAUUGUUUAUUUUUGUUGUUCUAUUCAAGUAUAUGCUAUAUUGAAAUUGUUAAACUGAUACUGACAGUAUUGUUUUGAGUGCAUUGAGCUUCUCAAAUAUGUCUCUCAAAUAUUCGAUAUGAAAUAUCAAAAGCUUAUGGUUGACUUUUAAAUAUUACGUGUACGGAGUGCUUUUUUUAAUUUGCGGAUUUGAAAUGCUUAUGUGUGCAACUCGUUUUUUUAUAAUUAUUAAAAUACAGGACUUUGAUUUUGCCAAUAUUAAUGUUACUUUGAUGAUAUUAAUUAUUGUGUAAAACGCGC